AUGGAUUUCAACGGGACGCAGGACAAUGGCUCACAUCCAGCAGGCUUCUCCUAUAACUCCAGCAUGGAAUAUGAGGACUACUACCUAGAGCCUGACGCUAGUAAGAUCAUCAUCCCGUCCAUUUACGCCCUGGUCUGCUGUGUGGGUCUUACAGGCAAUGCCAUGGUCAUCUAUGUCAUCUUGAAAUAUGCCAAAAUGAAAACGGCAACCAACAUUUACAUCCUCAAUUUAGCCAUUGCUGAUGAGCUGUUCAUGUUGAGUGUUCCGUUUCUGGCCACAUCAGCGGCUGUUCGCCAUUGGCCCUUUGGUUCGUUAAUGUGCAGACUGGUGUUGAGCGUGGAUGGGAUCAACAUGUUCACAUCCAUCUUCUGCCUGACUGUGCUCAGUGUGGACCGCUAUGUUGCCGUGGUCCACCCUAUCAAGGCAGCCCGCUACCGCAGACCUACUGUGGCCAAAGUGGUAAAUGUCUGCGUGUGGGGGCUGUCCCUCUUGGUCAUUCUACCCAUCAUCAUCUUCGCCGACACUGUCCCGGCACAGGAUGGCGCCAUGGACUGUAACUUCCUGUGGCCCGAGGCAGCCUGGUCAGAGGCCUUCGUGGUCUACACCUUCCUCCUAGGUUUCCUCCUGCCUGUGGCGGCUAUCUGCCUAUGCUACUGCCUGAUGGUGGCUAGGAUGCGAGCGGUGGGCCUGAAAGCAGGCUGGCUCCAGCGACGGCGCUCGGAGAAGAAGAUCACGCGCAUGGUGCUGCUGGUGGUCGCCGUGUUCCUUCUCUGCUGGAUGCCUUUCUACAUCGUCCAGCUGGUCAGCGUGUUCCACCGCCCCCCCGACCCCAUGAUCACGCAGCUCUUUGUCAUCCUCAGCUAUGCCAACAGCAGCGCCAACCCCAUCCUCUACGGCUUUGUGUCGGACAACUUCCGACGCUCGUUCCAGCGGAUUGUGUGCUUCCGGUGGCUGGAGUCGGGCUUAGACGUGGAACAAGUGGACUACUGUGCCGUGGCACUGAAGAGACAAAUGGCAUGCGGUCCUACGGAUAUCCCCAAGGACUGCAUGGCCUCUGACAUGGUGUUCCGCAACGGGACUUGUGCCUCCCGCACAACCACACUGUGA